CGGGCACCGCCCCUUUCGCACGGGCUGGGCCGACCCUGGCGACUGGCGCCGAUCUCGUUCCGCUUCCCCUCCCGCCUCUCAAGCUCAAAACCGAGAAUCGAAACUGUUCUGUGAUCCAUGCAGCAGGAGCCUGCGCCCGCCGGAUCCCCGGGUCCCCAGCAAGACCCCGCACUGCCCCACACGCCCACCAUGCCUCCCCCGGAGUCCGUCGCCGAAGGCCAUCAGCCCAGCCCCAGCCACAGCCCUGCGGAGCAAGCCAUGGAGGAGGAGUUCCAGUUCCUGUGCUGCCAGGGCUGCCAGGUCGAAGCCAAGUGCCCCAAGCUGCUGCCUUGUCUGCACACGCUGUGCUCAGGAUGCCUGGAGGCGACGGGCAUGCGGUGCCCGAUCUGCCAGGCGCCCGGGCCCCUAGGCACUGACUCGCUGGCCCUGGAUAACAUCUUCUUCGAGAGUCUACAGCGGCGCCUGUCCAUGUACAGGCAGAUCGUGGACGCGCAGGCCAUUUGCAACCGCUGCAAAGAACCUGCGGACUUCUGGUGUUUCGAGUGCGAGCGCCUCCUCUGUGCCAAGUGCUUCGAGGCACACCAGUGGUUCCUCAAGCAUGAGGCCCGGCCCCUGGCGGAGCUCCGCAGCCAGUCGGUGCGGGAGUUCCUAGACGGCACGCGCAAGUCCAACAACAUCUUCUGCUCCAAUCCCAACCACCGCCCCCCUAUGCUGACAAGCAUCUACUGCCGAGGUUGCUCCAAACCACUGUGCUGCUCGUGCGCGCUUCUGGAUAGCGGCCACAGCGAGCUCAAGUGCGACAUCAGCACCGAGAUCCAGCAGCGGCAGGAGGAGCUGGGCGCCAUGGCGCAGGCACUGCAGGAGCAGGACCGCGCCUUCGGGUCGGCGCAGGCGCGCAUGCGCUCAGCCGUCAGCCAGCUGGGCCGCAUGCGGGCAGACACCGAGGAGCUGAUCCACGAGCGCGUGCGCCAGCUGGUGGCUCACGUGCUGGCCCAGGAGCAAGUGCUGCUGGAGGGGGUGAACGCGCAGUACCAGCGCUGCUAUGAAGAGAUCGCCGGCCAGCUGGGCCACCUGGAAGCUGUGCUGCAGCGGAUCCGCCUGGGAGGUUCGCUGGUGCAGAGGAUGAAGCGCUACGCCUCUGACCAGGAGGUGCUGGACAUGCACGCCUUCUUGCGUGAGGCGCUCAGCCGCCUGCGCCAGGAGGAGCCCCAGAACCUGCAAACCACCGUGCGCACCGACAGCUUCGACGAAUUCAAAGUGCGCCUGCAGGAACUGGUCUCCUGCAUCACUCAGGAGGCAGAUGCAGCUGUACCCAGGCGAGCCAACCCAGAGGCUGCCAGCACUCCUAGGGAUUGUUUUGACAUUGACUCGCCAGAGGAGACGCAGAGGGCUCAGGCUCAGACCCCGGGGCUGGCUGAGACCCAAACUAUGAGCUUGGUCCAGCCAGUGCCCGGGGUACACCCAGUGCCGGUUCACGCCUACUCCAUCAAAGACUCCUCCUGCAGAGAGGAGGUCUGCAACACAGUCCUGCCCCAGAAGAGGAAGUCCUGCCAGACUGAGUGCCCCAGGAAGGCCAUCAAGAUGGAGUCUGAGGAGGAGAGGGAGACACGGUUGGCGCGGAGCUCCCCCGAACAGCCCAGGCCCAGCACCUCCAAGGCAGUCUCGCCACCCCACCUGGAUGGGCCCUCCAGCCCUGAAAGCCCAAUCUUCGGAGGCGAGGUCUUUCUGCCCAACAGCAACCACACAGCCGGCAACCCCGGGGAGGCAGAGGAACGCGUCGUGGUGAUCAGCAGCUCGGAAGACUCAGAUGCUGAAAACUCGUCCUCCCGAGAGCUGGAUGACAGCAGCAGCGAGUCCAGUGACCUCCAGCUGGAGGGCCCCAGCUCCCUCAGGGUCCUGGACGAGAGCCUCGCCGACCCCCAAGCAGAAGACAGGCCCCUGGUUUUCUUUGACCUCAAGAUUGACAGUGAAACCCAGAAGAUUAGCCAGCUGGCGGCCGUGAACCGGGAGAGUGAGUUCCGCGUGCUCAUCCAGCCAGAGGCCUUCUUCAGCACGUACUCCAAGGCCGUCUCCCUGGAGGUGGGGCUGCAACACUUCCUUGGUUUUCUGGGCUCCAUGGGCUGCCCCAUCCUGGCCUGCUAUAAGCUGUGGGGACCCGGCCUCCCCAACUUCUUCCGGGCCCUGGAAGACAUGAACAGGCUGUGGGAGUUUAAGAAGGCCAUCUCGGGCUUCCUGGCCACGCUGCCCCUCAUCCGGGAGCGGGUGCCCGGGGCCAGCAGCUUCAAGCUCAAGAGCCUGGCCAAGACCUACCUGGCGAGAAACAUGAGCGAACGCAGCGCCCUGGCCGCCGUGCUGGCCAUGCGAGACCUGUGCCGGCUCCUCGAGGUCUCCCCGGGCCCCCCGCUAGCUCAGCACGUCUACUCCUUCAGCAGCCUGCAGUGCUUCGCGUCCCUGCAGCCGCUGGUGCGGGCGGCCGCCCUGCCCCGCGCCCAGGCCCGCCUGCUGGCCCUCCACAACGUGAGCUUCACCGAGCUGCUGGCCGCGCACCGUCGCGACCCCCAGCAGGGCCUGCGGAAGUACGGCCGCUACCUGGGCCUGCCCCCCGCCUCGUCGCCCCCCGCCCAGCGCGCCGGCAGCCUGCAGGCUCUGAGCACCUACUUCAGAGGCCUGUCGGAGGAGCCCGUCUCCGCCCAGGCGGAAGGCAUCGCCGCCCCUGUCGCCGGCCACAGCUUGGCAGAGAGGGUGUGCCAGCGGAGCUGAGAGGAAGCCCGGACUGGCUUGGAAUCUCUGGGGAUGGGGAGGGGGUCCCUGAGCCAGCGCCCCCCUCAACCCACUGCCCAUCACUGCAUUCCCAGGUCCUGGCCCCCAGCACCCCGCUGUCAUUUGGUCCGGAAUCUGUUCUCUGGGACCAAACUCCCCUUCUCUAAAAACCCCAUAGAGAAGGUUCCAAGUCCAAGCAAGUCCAAGUCCUAACUCCCCAGGGGCCACCAGAUCCCCUUUCAGGCCUUGGGAGCACCCAUGGGUUGGUUCCCUCGAGCCCUGGCCCCCUCUCCUCCAGGAGCCAAAACCAGGGGGUAAAGAAGGCCCAGCCUCUGGGCUGAGUGGCCCCCAGCCACCCAACCUGCCACUUCCGUGAGUGUCCCUGCAGCCUCUCCCUGACCCCCAGCCGCUGCCCUAGGGGACCUGCUGACGCCCCCCAGAGACCCUGCCCGCAACACCCCACGGGUACCCAAAGUGCCUUUCAAACCAAGCCGCUGUCAUGAGUUUGGGUUCUCCCGCCGUCUGCCUGUCUGAAGGCCAGCUCUCUGUUCACUGCUCUGGGGACAAAAAUGCAUUUUCAUCCCCAAAGAGCCUCAUAUCGGCAGAGACAGAAGCUGCUGCUUCAUGCCUGUCCCUCCUUCCAAAGUCUGACCCUUCUGAGCUUGCUUCUUUCCUUGUGGCCGCACGGACACCUCCCCUUAGUCAGGCUUCGCUCUUCGGCCCUCAGGCCACCAGCCCCUCUCAGCAUGGCUUUUGCUCUCUCUGCGCUGCUCACCUCAGCCCCACUGAGGAACGUCCUCUAACCCAGCGCCGCGUGCCACAUACACCAGGGGCCCGCAGCGUUGGCAUCCCCCGGGAGCCUCUACCCCAGACCUCUGGAAUCAGCAUCUCUGAGGUGGGCCCAGCAGGCUGGUUUAGCACGUCCUUCAGAUGAAUCUGACACCUGCUAAGACUCAGAACCAGUACUCUGAUAGACGGCUCCCCAAAAGCGCAGCAGGGUGGAGUAGCAGAGCAAGUCCCGGGCCCGACUGGGCACAUGGAGGGUGACCUAGGAAAAGACCCCUUCCUGAGCUCCGGCAUCUCCACCCACUAAAUGGGCUCCCGUCCAGCUCUGCCAUUCUGGGAUUUUAGACAUGGACCAAAGCCAUCGAGGCAGUGGGCAGGAUGGUUUUCAACUUAAACCCUAGCUCUCAGCCCCAAGCUAAGGCCCCCAGCCUUGUGGUCACACCAGAGGUCAGCGGCAGAACAGAGGCAGGUCAGGGCCUUCCCUCUGACCAGCAGAACCACUGUCCCUGUCCUGCUCCUCUCCCUUCCUUCUUCCUUGCCUCCUGCCACCGGGACACAGCCCAGGCCUCCAGCCUCCAUUGCCCGAGCUUUCACAGGGGUGAGGUCUGCGUGCCCACACCUCAGCCCCCAGCCAGCAGGUGCCCUGCAGAUGCACUGAGGGAUUGCAUGGGAACUGGCUACCACAGUGGGAGUGCUGGGCGACCAGUGAACUCUGAUGCAUUGAAAAUAGGAUUCAAGUUCAAAGCAAGUGUUGACUCAGAAGCUGCCGUGGGAACAGGCUGAUGGGGCCGCAGCCUAGCUGUGAUAACCAUCUCGGCAAGUGCAAAGCAGCACCUGGGCCACCGCUCAUAUCCUCGUCCCUCAGCCUCGCCCCGACCUGCGCGGCGCCCACUGGCUUCCAGCCCCGCCGUGCUUGCUACCUGCAGAGUGCUUGACCACAGGUUUUAUAACAAAGGGCUGCUCUGCCCUCUCUCCGUUUAUGCAGCCUCUAAUAAAGAUGUGGAUGUUCGAA